UUUUUGAUGUUCUACGGAGUUUCCGGACAGGACACUGGACUUGUUGGUGUUGACACUUACUGUAGCCUAGUAUUAUUAUCUGGAAUAUGCCCUGAUCCUCUGUGUGAAGAAUCAAGUAGGACGUCUCCGCAAGUUUUGCGUCAAGAUCAGGAGUGCUGCACACAGUGUAACCACCCAGUCAGCUGUAGGGGAGCCAGGGGAGCAUCUCUCUUUGGCUUCCCUCGACUUUUUGGAGGCCAUGUCGGAGGGAGAAACCCCCUCCGCUUUUACACGAGGCAGCCUCUCCCGAGCGAGCCUCCCUGUGGUCAAGUCAACCAACCAGACCAGGGACAGGUCAUUAGGUGUACUUUACCUGCAAUAUGGAGAAGAGACAAAACAGAUCCGAAUGCCCAACAAGGUUACGAGUGCAGACACCAUCAGGGCCCUGUUUAUCAGUGCCUUCCCCCAGCACCUCAACAUGAAGACCCUGGAGUCUCCAAGUGUGUCCAUAUACAUCAAAGAUGACAUGAGGAAUAUGUAUUAUGAGUUGACUGACGUCAGGAACAUCACACCACAAUCUUGCCUGAAGGUGUAUCACAAAGAUCCAGCCCAGGCCUUCAGUCACAACGCAAGAGCAAAGAAUGGAGAUAUUAGGAUCACAAGAGAGAGACUUUAUAGCAGUCGACAGCAACCAGGAGGCCAAAGCCCAGUGCAUACUCUUCCAGGACCCCACAGUCCCAUCCACACAAUCCAAGGCUCCAUGUCUCCACCUACACCUCGUUCAAUGCCCUCCUCUCCAUCCAGGAUGCCCUACAGUCAUUCUGUUUCCAUGAUGGGUGGUGCUACCUUACCUAGGGAUCAUCUGUCCAGUGUUCCCCCAUGUCGCUCCAUCACACCUUGCUCCAGUGCCAUCCUGGAGCGGCGCGAUGUAAAACCGGAUGAUGAUCUGAGCAGCAAAAUUGUUCCUCUGUAUGAAGACCAUUACGCUCCAUCUGAGGCCAGGCUCAGUAUUGCUUCUUCUCAUGGCAGCCAUACUGGAGAUGUCCCGGAUGGGGUGGCAUAUAUUCAGCAUCGCUCUUCUAUCAAGUCUACUGGCACUUACACAGAGGGUCAGGACCAGCAGCACACCCUCUACAGACAGAAAUCUCGCAAGUACAGCGAAAGUCAGCUCACCUCCAUGGGCUCCAAAUCUCUGCCUGCUUCCCCGCACAGGGUCAAUGAGGUCAGAAUGAUUGACAUGCACCCAGGCCAGAACUCCCACAUUUCCUCACAGGGAGUUGCAGUGGAGAGGGGGUCACCUGUUAAAAGGUCUUUCCGCAAGGACAGUAACGGAACCAUGGAGGUGGUGACCAGGGUGAGAAGCAACAUGUCCUCUCCUGUUUUUGCGGACCUCCCAACCGGACAUGGAGAGAGGCCAUUUCAUGGACACGUGUCAGCUGGAGAUCCUCAGGCUGAAAGAAUAAAAGCAAUGGAGCAGCAGAUAUCCAGUCUUACUGGACUUGUUCAAAAUGCUCUUUUCAAGGGGACGAAUACAAGUGUCAAAGAGACCUCCAGUGAGAGAGUUCCUGCUCAUAACAUAAAUAAUGGAGGAGUCUGUGCUGUAGCGUCAUCUAAAAACCCAGCUAUGCUGAUAGACAUCCCUUCAACACAGGUUCAGACCCCUUCCAGAGACCCUGCUGUAUGGUCCAUCCUCUCCACCUUCAGGAGAAACAUCUCUGACCUAAGACUGCAACUCCACCAACUCAAACAGAUGCAGCUGCACAACCAGGAGGCCAUGCGGCAGAUGCUGCAACAGGCAGAGCAGGAGAUCUCUGGAAAAGCUUCAGACACUCUCUUGCACCUUGAAGACCCUGUACAUAGACAAAGAAUCCAGGUGGAUGAAGAAAGGCACAGAUAUUUGGGAAUGGAGGAGAGUGUUCUCAUUCAGCUCGGAGAGCUGGAGAACUAUAUGGAGAAGCUCAAGCAAGAAUCCACCUCUGCCACAAGCCAAAGGCCAAUCAAUCUGAAGGAUGUGGAGGAAGGGGCAGUCAAUCUAAGUAAAGUAGGAGAAGCUUUGGCUGCUCUCAAAGGAGAGUUCCCAGCCCUGCAGAUGAAAAUGCAUGCAGUGUUGCGGGUGGAGGUGGAAGCUGUGCGCUUCCUGAAGGAUGAUCCUCACAAGAUGGACGGCAUGCUGAAGAGAGUCAAAGCUCUGACUGAUACUCUCAGUGGACUGAGAAGAUAUGCUACUGAGAGCCACAGCCAUGCUUCUGACUCAGUCCCUGUGAAGGCAGUAAAUACUGAUUCAUUUACCUUUGUGGAGGAGUCUCGUUCUAGCCAACAUGUUUGUGAUUCCCGCACCCCACAACCUAGAUCACCUGCCAAAAUUAGCUGCUCAGACCCCACGCCCUCAUCUCCUGGCACUGUGCACCGUGUUCAAACAGCUCCUGUCAACACACACCACCCCACCCCCCCACUCACACCCACCCACAACAGGGACUCCCCGACUGUGGCGAAGGUCAGCCCCUGCAGUAGAGAAAACAGUCCUGCCCUGCACAAGAGAGCAGCUCUGAAGGGCCAGGACGCCCCAAUGGCAAAUACUGCCAUCAGCACAACUGGAUCACCCACACCUCUACUGCAAGUGGAGGAGAUCACUGUCAACACAAGCAGGCCCAGGCCUGAAGAGGUUUUAGAAAGCAAAGCAGAGGAGGAUGAGGGCACAACCAGGAUGGUUCACUCUGGUGGCACAGAAGUGGAAAAAGAAAUGGAUAGGAUCCUUCAGCAAACCCAGGCCAGCCUUAUGGAGGCCAUACCUAACUUGGAGUUGAGCCAUCAGGUGGACAACCCCCCCUCCAAACCACCCAACAUCCUGCCAGAAGAGGUGGACCCUCCAAUUCCUAUUCCUCCAGUCCCUGUUCAAACAGAAGUCACUCUGCAAGUUGGAUAUGAAGCAGAUAAACCAGUCAAGACAAGUUUGGAGAGACCACAGAAGCCGGCCAAAGAGAAGCCCCACAGGGCCAGUGUUGACCGAGUGAAGCUCAACCUGGAGACAGCUAGCAAAUUGCCUCCCCCUCCCCCUCCACGCAGAUUCUACCUCUCUGCAACUGGCCUCACCACUGGACGUUCAGGAGAGGUUAUCUGCACCACCAGGAAAGAGUCCACUAGUUCUCAGGAGGGUAAAGAGGAGGCCCCACAGCACAAACCCUUGCGUGUGCCCCCAGAGGUCAAGCCCAAGCCCCGCACCCCUCUCCCUGUCAACACCCUCACCUUACAUGAUGAAGAGGAUGAAGGAGAUAAGAUUAUGGCUGAGCUACAGCAGACCACCACUCACCCAUCUGAGGAAGGAUCGCUAUCUGUAAGGGAAGAUUGUGCAUCACCUAGCUCUGGGGUCAUAUAUUACAUCACUGGAACAGCAAAAACAUCAAGUGAGAGCACCUCUAGGGCAGAAGACCCAAAGAAGUCUGAGGAAAUUACUUGUCCUCCAAAUGUUGCAUCUGUGAAUGCUUCAGACUUAUCUAUAAUUUCACUUAAUUCAGUCAAGGAGGCCAAAAGCAAACUGAGUGAUACUCAGCAGGUGUCACCCGACCCAGUGAACUCUUUCAAGGACAGCCCUGCGGCUGGAAAAGAGGCAUCCCUCAUUAACCCCAUAGAGCAUAAGAAUGAAUUGGUUCUAAAGUCACUAAAACAGGUAGUACCCAAAAGCUCUGAGAAAUUCACACCUGUUGAGAAGUCAGAGCAGCAGAUAGAACGUACAUCAUCUGAGCAAGUGUUUGCACCUGUUCAGGAGAUGUCAUUAAAUCAGGGACAAUGUACAACCACUGUUCAAGUUACUCUUGUUGGCAAGAGCCCUCACAAUGUUAAACCUCAGAUUCAUUCACCUUUCCAUCAGCCAAACACUGAUGCUUCAUGGUCAUCACAGCAGAAUGACAGUAUUGAAAAUGAGCAGCAAGCAAUAAUGAGGUCAUCCAGAGGUGAGGCAAGAUAUAUAGAUGAGGCCAGUCUAAGCCCAGACCUCCCAGGAGAAGAAGGUCCUCCUCCACCAAAUAACAUUGCCUUCAGGAUUACUAAAACCAAAGUACAGGCUCUGUCAAAUGGAGAGUACCAACAGCUGGUCCACAGCAAGGGCAUGGACGUCCAGACUCUUAAAGUGGGUCCAGAACCAACUGUGUCUGCCCCGGAGGACUCUGGAUAUGACAAGAAACCGGUUAUAAUAAUUUUUGAUGAGCCUAUGGAUAUUUGUCAGGCCUACAAGCGACUGUCCACAGUCUUUGAAUGUGAGGAAGAGCUUGAGAGGGUGCUGUCAGAAGAACGAAUCGAUGAAGAAAAUGAAGAGGAAAUGGAAACAAUCUCACAGAGUCAGGUCGAUGAGGUAACACCUAAAAAUUAUGUUGUAGACUCAUGCAGGACAGAGAACCAGGUAAACAAUCAGAGGACUAGUAGUGUUGGUAAUGCAAUGCCUCUACGAAAUCAAAGUUCAUUUUUGAGUCCUUCUGUUGAUGUUGAGGAUGAAGACCACACAGAAUCUUCUAAUGGCACAAAACAAGAUUCAAAAAAGAAAUUCAAGUUUAAGUUCCCAAAGAAGCAGCUCGCAGCAAUCGGCCAGGCCCUUCGCACAGGGACUAAAACUGGAAAGAAGACGCUGCAGGUAGUUGUGUAUGAGGAUGAAGAGGAACCAGAUGGAACCAUGACUGGGCUCAAAGAAACCAAGAGGUUUGAGAUUAAGACCCAUGCAGACUCAAGUCCUCCCACACCUAGGUCUUCGAUGCAAAGCCAGACCGCCACAUUGCUGACCACCAAAGAAAGAACCGAGGAGCUCCGGAAGACCACAUAUCAAACGUUAGAUUGCCUUGAGCAGACAAUUAAGCAGCUAGAAAGCACCAUAAGCAACAUUGAGCCCGCAUUGUCAGCAGAAGUCUCCCGCAAAGACUCAAAGUUAAAGAGAAUUUCCAGUCUAGCAGAACCAGAGGCAGGCGGCCCCACUGAAAGGCCAGCUCCUCUGAAGCCAAAACCCAGCAUUUCUGCCCAACAUAAGAGGCCUAAAACACAGUCUCGAUCCUCCUCAAGCACUUCUACCUCUUCCAGCUCCAGCAGUAAACAGAACUCUGGUGACUGCCCUGCAUCAAAUCGGAUUUCUUCCCCCAAAUCGCGCCAGCAGCCUGGGAGUGUGGAAAAACCCGGAAAACCCCAGAAGAUCCAGGACUCCCAGAGGCAAUUCCGACAGGUAGUUUUACUGUAGGG